AUGCUUCUUCGAUACUCGUCGCUACAACGCCUGCUCCGGAUCACUGCGUGGUGCCGUCGCUGGCUGCGGAUCCAUCGUCAGGACCACCUCGCGCAUGGCCAGCCCGGCUUGAACAGCGCCGACGAGAUCGAGGACUCCCGGAUCUCCUUGGUUAAAAUCAUCCAGGCUGAAACAUACAAAGAAGAACUGAGACACCUGAAGAAUGGAAAGCCUCUGCCGACUCGAAGCUCCCUACUGAAGCUAAGUCCUUUUCUGGACAGUGAGGGACUCCUACGCGUCGGCGGGCGCCUUAAACACGCUGCACUGCAGUAUGAUGCCACGCAUCCAACCAUACUACCAAGCAGAUCUAAUUUUACUUGCCUCAUCAUCGACGACUACCACAAGCGGACGCUGCACGGCGGCACCCAGUUGACUUUGUGCUCUCUUCGCCAGGAGUAUUGGGUCCCUCGAGGUCGCGCUCUAGUGAAGAGCCGCAUCAGCCGGUGUCUAAGGUGCACCAGAUGGCGGGCUGCCAUCCCUCAGCCACUGAUGGGGGACCUCCCGGCACCACGAGUUACUCCAGGCCGGCCGUUUCUGCAUACCGGCGUAGACUACGCCGGACCGAUUUGGAUGCGAACAGCAGGGGGCCGCGGACUCAAGGCGACAAAAGGUUUUGUUGUCUUUAUUUUGUUUAGCUUCCCGAGCAGGUCCACCUCGACGCGGCCUCGGACUAAACCGCUGACGCCUUCCUUGCCGCCUUGCGUCGGUUCGUCGCCAGGCGAGGAGUCUGCCACUCGCUAUAUAGCGACUGCGGCACCAACUUCGUGGGUGCCGAUAAGCAGCUUAGGCAACUAUUCUCCGCCGCCAGUGCCGACGGACAUCGCAUCGCAACCUUCGCCGCCCAGGAAAGAAUCCGGUGGCGGUUCAACCCGCCAGCUGCACCUAACUUCGGCGGUUUAUGGGAAGCUGCCGUGA